AUGAGCUGGCAGAGCAGUCUGAAUAAAGCUCUGAUGAUGGUUUUAUUGCCCUGUCAAUCUGAUUCACCCACCUGCGAGCCCAAGCGGAGCAAAUUGUCAGAUGCCACAAAAGACGUUUCUGCAACAGAUGGCUCAGCAGCAGCACCAACAACAAAACCCACUAGAGAAAAACCUACAGCCUCCCGAGCGGCAGCAACCGACCCAUCAGUGACAUUUGAUUUAAUUCUUGAAACAGCCCUAUCCUCGUGCAAGGAUAGCGGUAUCGACUUACUUCUGGGUGGCAGACUGUUUGAUCUAGAGUAUGCAGACGACAUUGUGCUACUAAGUGAAGAUCCAGAACCUCGAACUUUGAGACGGAGUACGGUCAGAGCGACAGCCGCGACUGACGCAGAAGCGGAAAGACGUCGAAUGACCAGUUCGAAGAACACAGACGUACGACGUGAGGCUUUGCUUGCCGAGAUCGCUCAGCGAAAAAAUGUACCCGAAGUACGCCGUCUGACUCAGGAAGAGCUAUUGGCUGAGGCCAAAGUCACAGAAGAAAUUAAUCGGCGUUCCUUAGCACGAUACCAACGGCUGGAAAUCGAGAAGAAAAAAGCUCGAAUACAGAAAACGGUGCAUUCUACUCCAAUGAUACGCUACCAUUCGUUUACGGUACCCGCAAUGGAAGAGCAGCCUGAUAUGUACGGUGUUGCUAUGGUAACGGAUAGGUUGCGUGAAAGUUCUCGCAGUUCUCACGAUCAUGUAACGUUUUGUCUUGGAAAAAAACCGAUGGUCGAUAUAUUGCGGGUGCAUUUUUCCACUCUGAUAUCGUGA